CAUUAUCGUUAGAUAAGAACAUAAGCAACUUCUAUUGCGUCCUCUGGAAGAUUCCCUCGGCUAACCUCUCAGCACGCAUUUCUGGUCGUCUUCUCCUGAUCAAAAACAGAGGUAUCCGUCAACCAGAUUUAGAGAUAUGACUCAAGAUGGAUAUGUAGCAGAAGUUACAAGCCUGUCCCCGAACGCAACAGAGAAGGACGUCUAUGAUUUUUUUGCUUUCUGUGGGACGAUUGAACAUGUUGACAUUGUCAGAGCUGGUGAAUAUGCAUGUACGGCUUAUGUGACAUUUGGAGAUGCUUAUGCUCUGGAAACAGCAGUCUUGCUCAGUGGAUCUACCAUUUUGGAUCAACGUAUAUGCAUAACACGCUGGGGACAAUAUGAGGAUGAAUUUGAUCUUUGGAAUCGGUCUUCGUGGAGGCAUGAAGAAGAAAGUGAAUCAACUCCCCCUCAAGGACGCCAAUUUGUUCCUUCUGCUGGAGAAGCAGUGACAAUGGCUCAAGAUGUUGUCAAAACAAUGAUAUCCAAAGGAUAUGUACUUGGCAAAGACGCUCUGAGCAAAGCCAAAGCUUUUGAUGAAUCUCACCAAGUUUCGGCCACUGCUGCAGGCAAGGUUGCUGAGAUGAGCGAGAGAAUUGGUCUCACUGAUAAGAUUUGUGCAGGGGUUGUAGCCGUGAAAUCUGUAGAUGAAAGGUACCACAUUUCAGAUGUUACCAGAUUAGCUGUAUCAGCCACGGGAAGAACAGCUGCUGCAGCUGCAAACACUGUUGUCAACAGUAGUUACUUUUCGACGGGAGCUCUUUGGAUGUCGGAUGCUUUAAGUCGAGCAGCUAGGGCUGCAGCUGAUUUGGGUAGUCGUGGUAUCGAAAAAUGAAGUGUCAAGUAACUCAAAUAGUAGUUACUGGUUUUGUAUAGAAACACUCUACAGUUACUAUAGUUUAUCUGUGUAUGUACAUAUUUGGCAUACAUUAAACGUGCAUGUUGUAUACCAGGUGCUCUUACAUUUGAACUUUAUAUAUGUCAAGGGCGAUCCAUAGGGGAGGUGUGGCCAUUUAGGUUGUAAUAACUCCAAUAUAUUUGGAACGUUUAAUGGAGUAUGUUGUGAGCUGUCUCAGAUUCAGUCGUGAUUUGUUGUGACCAUGAACCCAUUUUAGGGUAUGAUUUAUAGCCAUCAAUAGA